AUGGGGAGCUACUACGAGGUGCUGGGCGUGCAGGCGGGCGCCUCCCAGGAGGACAUCAAGAAGGCCUACCGCAAGCUGGCCCUGCGCUGGCACCCGGACAAGAACCCCGGCAACAAGGAGGAGGCGGAGAAGCGGUUCAAGCAGGUGUCGGAGGCCUACGAGGUCCUGUCUGACGCCAAGAAGCGCUCCCUGUACGACCGGGCGGGCUGCGGGGGCUGGCGGGCGGGCGGCGGGGCCAGCCCCCCCUACGGCAGCCCCUUCGACACGGGCUACACCUUCCGCAACCCCGAGGACAUCUUCCGCGAGUUCUUCGGGGGCCUGGACCCCUUCUCCUUCGACUUCUGGGACAACCCGUUCAGCAGCGACCGGCCCAGCCGGGGCCACGGCCUGAGGAACGCCUUCUCGGCCGGCUUCGGCGAGUUCCCCGCCUUCCUGGAGGCCUUCUCCUCCUUCGACAACCUGGGCCGCGGGGGCACCGCCAGCCGCGCCACCUACUCCUCCACCUCCUUCGGGGGCGCGGGCGCCGGCGGCUCCGGGUUCAAGUCGGUGAUGUCGUCCACCGAGGUGGUCAACGGGCACAAGGUCACCACCAAGCGCAUCGUGGAGAACGGGCAGGAGCGCGUGGAGGUGGAGGAGGACGGGCAGCUCAAGUCCGUCACCAUCAACGGCAAAGAGCAGCUGAAGCGCGUGGACGACAAGUGA